GGAGCCGGGGCCGGGAUGGGGCAGCGCGAUCGGAUGUUCAAAGUGCUGGUGGUAGGAGAUGCCACGGUGGGGAAAACCUCGCUGGUGCAGCGGUACGCGAACGACAGCUUCAACCGGCACUACAAGUCCACGGUGGGAGUGGAUUUUGCUCUGAAGGUGGUCCAGUGGUCGGAGUCAGAGACAGUGCGGCUUCAGCUCUGGGACAUUGCAGGACAGGAACGCUUCACCUCCAUGACCCGGCUCUACUACAGGGAGGCAGCUGCCUGCAUCAUCAUGUUUGAUGUCACCAAUGUCAGCACCUUCAGCAACAGCCAGAAGUGGAAGCAGGAUUUAGACAGCAAGCUGCUGCUGCCAGAUGGGAACCCUGUGCCUUGCCUGCUGCUGGCUAACAAAUGUGACCUUUCCCCGUGGGCAGUGACAAGAGAAGAAGUGGAUCGGUUCAGCAAAGAAAAUGGCUUUUCUGGUUGGGUGGAGACAUCUGUCAAGGAAAACAAGAACAUUAAUGAGUCCAUGAGAGUCCUGAUUGAAAAGAUGAUGUCCUCAUCUACUGGGGAUGGAAGCUCCUCUGCCACUGGGAGUGGGGAUUAUAUUAACAUCAAAGAGACAGCCCCACCAGGCUGGGCUUGCUGUUAGAUGCACUGCCUGCACCACCUGCCUUUGGGGUCCAGCACCAAGCUCCUUUUAUUAUCAUCAUUACUUUUCUUCCCCCUGAACUGGUUGUCACUGGGUUUUGAGUUGGGCUUUUUCUGCCAUGACCAUGAACUGUCUUCUGCUUCGUGCCUCUUUGUUCUCAGCAGAGCAUUGCUACAAUGACUUGGGAGUGAGGAGUGGAAAGGAUGAGAAGGUUCCUCACUCUCCUGGUGUGGUAGCUGCUGGGGGCUCUGCCAGCAGUGCUGCAGCACAGGCCCUGCUCGAGUGCAUGGCUUGGAUUCAUUACUUUUCAACAGUUUGAGCACUUCAUCCUCUGGCACAGAUGUCAAAGGAAUAUCUCUAACAUUGUUUUGCACCUUUUAUUCCCCCUCACCACCUGCACCCACCCUGCACAAAGGCACCAAAGUGUCCUUCAGGUCCAAAGUGUCCUUCAGGUCCACAGACACCUGUGGCUCAUGCUGUGCCUGUGGCUUCCCAGUGUGGGACUGCAGCAAAAACUCUUUUACUUCGUGCUCUGGAUCUACACAUCUUUGACUCCAUGUCCUGGAGAGACCUACACAGCUCAUCAUUGCUACUGACUGUCCUUCAGGUGUGAAGCCAGAUGUGGAUUGGCAGCAUGUCCCAAGGAAGCAGAUCUGCAGAGUUAGCAGUGAGAAGCUGAGAGCUGCUGUAGCUCAGUCCUUACUUUUAUGUCCAGACUGUGGUGCUCAACAGCACAGCCCUCUGAUUUUUGCCCAGUUGCCUUCUGCUCAUUCCUUCUCCCUCAUCUUCUGUCCAGCACAGAAUCACAGAAUGCAUCAGGUUGCAAGAGACCCUCAAAGCUCAUCUUGUCCUGCUCCAUCUGCAACUGGAGCAGGCUGGUCAGGGGUCACUGAAAUUAAACCUUGGAUGUCUCCAGGGAUGGAGCCUCAAGCACAUCUCUGGGCAAUCUGUUCCAGUGUUUCACCACUCUCAUUGUGCAGAACUUGCUCCUGAUGCCCAACCUAAAUCUUCCCUGCUCCAGUCUCAAACCAGUGCCCUCAUCCCCACAGGCCCUUCUGAACAUCCCCUCCCCAGCCUCCCUCUAGGUCCCCUUCAGAUACUGAAAUGCUGCUCUGAGGUCACUCUGGAGCUUUCUCUUCAUAAGGCUGAACAGCUCCAACUGCCUCAGCCCCUCCAGCCCUCUGAUCAUCUUCAUGGCCUUCUCUGGACCUGCUCCAACUGUUUCAUGCCCUUCUUGUGUUGAGGGCCCCAGAGCUGGACAAUCUGUCACUUUAUUGGGGCACCAAGAGCUGAAUGAGGAAUAGGUUGUAAACUCCUUUGUGUGGCCACAAGAAGUCCUUUUCACUUGGAGAACACCUUGCAUCCUCCCACCUCAAUUGGCAGUUGCUGACCAAUUGCCUUCCCACAGUUACUCCAGAGGGACUGAGUGGAUUUGGUGGCAGGGAUGGUGCAGGGAAGGCAGCUCUCUGAAAGCCCACCUGCUGGGUUUAGUGCAGUGAGGGGGAAGCAAAGGAGAAGGCUUCACAGGACAAAAGGGGAUGAAGAGAAUUGCUCCCCACUUGCCUUUUGCUGUCCUACUUUCCCUAACAUCUCUCCAGGUAGUCUAUUUUGGGACCAGUUCUUACCAAUAACAACAAAGUAGAAGUAAAACUACACAAGAGAGUUAUUGGUCUGACGGGUUGGAUUUCUGCAGCCUUGUAGGCAUCUUCUCUAAGCAUGUUCAGCUACAGAAUUGUCUGGCCCAUGUUUUAGUUAGGGCUUGGACAAGUAAUCUUCAUAGAAUCAUCAUAGAAUGCUUUAGGUUGAAAGGGACCUCAGAGAUCAUCUACUCCAACCUCCCCUCCAUAGGCAGGGACACCUCUCAACUAGACUCAGCUGCUCAAGGCCUCAUCCAGCUUGGCCUUGAACACCCCCAAGCAGGAGGCAGCCACAACCUUUCUGAGCAGCCUAUUCCAGAGCCUCAGCACCCUCCUACUGAGGAACUUCUUCCUCACUCCACUCUAACCCUGCUCUGCCUCAGCUUCAAACCCUUCCCCCUUGGCCUGUCUCUAGACACCCUCAGGAAAAGUCUCUCUGCAGCUUUCCUGGAGGAUCACUUCAGCUAUUAGAAGGCAGCUCUGAGGUCCCCCUGGACUCUUCUUCUCUCCAGCCUGGACACCUCCAGCUCCCUCAGCCUGUCCUCAUAGCAGAGGUGCUCCAGCCCUUGGAUCAUCUUUGUGGCCGCCUCUGGGCUUGCUCCAGCAGCUCUGUGUCCUUCUUGUGCUUGGAGGUGAGGUCUCAGCAGAGCAGUGUAAAGGGGAAGAAUCAAUAAGGUCUUUCCCUUCUGGAGUAGUUUCACUUGAAAUCAGGACUGUAAACUGUUUUAUCCCAACUUCUGUUGAAUCAGGAGUGCUUUCAUUUGGCAGAGCACUCCCUCUGUCUGCCUGCCCUUCCUUUACAGACUCUGUGGAGGGGGAAGGUGGUCAGGACAGGAGCUGAUUGCUGAUUGUUUCCAUUCUAAAGAGCUGGAAAGGAUUGAUGCAUAAAGAGUAAGAGGUAGGAAACUGGGACCCAGUGGUUUGAGAGCUAAAGUGCCUGGAAUAGGAUUCUGCUGUGCAAAUAUUGCUAAAUUUGGGCUUACAGGCACUUAAAAAUGCCCUUUUUUUAUUGCACUGCUGGAGUCACAGUAGAAAUGGGUGAAAGAUGGAACAAAAUUGACCUAUCUUGUUGAAUUUUACUACUCACGUGUUAAAAGCACAAGAAAAGCAGUAUCUAAAUGUAUUUUAACUCCAUAAGCAUUUCCAGGUCUUUAGGGACCAUGGGGAGAAGAGUUUAAUCCUUUAAAGGAUCUCUCCCCAAACCCAUUUUGGAUUCAUCUAUUAUUUAUUGAUUUCUCUAUCAAAAUGUUCUAGCAAAGAGGUCAAUCAAGCACCAGCUGUCCUUACAGCUGGAGAAGCUGAGGCAUGCAGUGGAACUCUCUGCCCAGGACCAACCAAAUGCUCAGGUCAGUGACAUUUUGGUCCUGAAAGGUAAAAAUGUCCAAUUCCUGUUUUAUUUCUGGCCCAGCUGCCAGGCUGUGCACCUUGCAGGAAAGCACCUUCAUACCUGUUGCAUGUCAGUUUGAGAGGUUCAUAGGUUCAGAGAUUCAUAGAAUGGGUUGGGUUGGAUGAUCCCUUGAAGAUCAUUCAGUUCCAACCCUCCCUGUCAUGGGCAGGGUCACCUCCCAUGGUUGCUCAAGGUCCCAUCCAACCUGGCCUUAAACACCUCCAGCGAGAGGGCAUCCAAAAAACUCCCUGGGCAACCUGUUCCAGUGACUCUUUGCUGCCAGAACCCCUCAGUGUGAACCUCUUUUUCCUAAGUGCCUCUCAGAACCAAGCAAAGAGCCAAAGGAAGGUGUGUGAAGGUUUUUCAUUUGUUACACAUCAUUUCUCCUCUGCCCAGUGGUUUCCGGCACCGCUGUGUGCCUCAGAGGGUUUAUUUUUCCACGCUGCUUGUUAACAUCUUUGUAGGCAACAGCAGGCAAGUGUCAAAACCAAGCCUGCACAACAGCAACAGUCGUUUGCUUGAGAUGGGUAUAAAAAGAACCCCAAGCAGACAGGAAAGCAGUUUUGCUGUGCAGGUGUCUGUGUGUCUUUUCUCAGGGCUCGCUGUGCGGCACACAAGGCGCUUCAAAAAGGAAAACCAAAUCCAAACCAUAGCAGAAGAAGAAACUCAACCAAAACUCUUUUGGUUCAGUCCUGUAAAACUGAACUGGAAAAGAGGAGAUUUAGGCUGGAGAUGAGGAAGAAAUUCUUUACAGUGAGGGUGGGAAGACACUGGCACAGGUU